AUAUCCCAGGAAGCUGUUUAGUGUUCGGGUACGGGUUCCUCGGAGUAAUGAGAAGACGGUCCUCUCUGUAAACAGAGCUCGCCAGGUUUAUUACCCAGACGCAUGCCUCCGGGUUGAAGGUACACCGAGUGGAAAGUUUAGAUUUAUGCGCCAUUAGAAAAACAAAUGAUCAGUUGACCUACUUUUCUUAACAGGAUCCGUAUUUAGCGUCUAUCAGUUUACGAUAAAGCACUGUCCUAUCAAGGUAUAGCGGUGCCCAUAUGUAGUAAUAAUGGAUCAUUUAUAAAUACAACUUGACACCUUUGUAGUCAUAUAGGCUUGAUAUGACAUUGGAAGGUGUACUGUAUUGUGCAGCAUAUGGUAUGUCUACCCUUUUAAAGGUCUCUCAUUGGUCCAACGUCUGAUAUCCUACUGGGCUCGUGGCUUUACUCCAUUGAUCUCGCCUACAGCUGAGGCGGAACCAGGCGCUUGUUGCUGCCAAGACUGUGCAAUGUAAACACUUCUGUACUUGGCGUUCCUUGUCACACGCAAUUAUUUAUCGUCAUGUUUUGAGUUGCGCGUAACUAGCGGGCAGACAACAUUACAUGUGUUGUCUUUAUACAACCUUGCUACGUUUUUACUACAUUUCCCGACAUUGAAGUCGAUUCUAUAGUCGCCUCGUCCAUUGAGGAUGGCACGCUUGCUGUCGCUUGAUACCGGACGGUAAGGGUUAACCUUCCCGCCUGCCUGCAGCAGUUAGUUGGAGCCUUUUGAGAAAGCAGCCGUUGCAGAACACAGUUGGAGCCCCGUCCUGGACCGUCACGCACGGCGCAAGCACACACACAGUGGCCAGGUAGAGAGCAACCGGGAGUGAUUCACGGCGAACUUGUUGAAUCUCUUCAGAUGGAAGGAGCACGGCAGAGCCCUUGUGAGCUAUAACAGUUUGUCUGUCGCCGAUUAAGACAUGUCGCGGGGGUCUCCAGAAACACCAGCCAGCAGAGCGGCGGCGAUCAGAGAGUCGUGAUAUUAGUACUAUCGCCUUCGUUGAUGGUGAUCUUUUACACCGAAUCGGAUUGUGGUGAAGAUACUGCCACAGAGAUGGAAACUACACCCUAAUGCGGUCCUCUUCCGGACAGCGUCUACCUGACCAAAUUGUAACUUUUCAUUCACGAGCGGCGGAGCUUCUUUUGAAAGGAUGAAUAAAACAGGGUCACGAUCCACCUCCUCCCUUCCACCGGAGCCGGUGGAAAUUAUCCGGAGCAAGUCACACUCCCGCCGGGUGCGACUCAAUGUCGGGGGUCUCCUUCACGAAGUUCUGUGGAGAACGCUAGACCGACUGCCACGAACCAGACUCGGAAAACUGCGAGACUGCAACACCCACGACUCUAUCAUAGAGAUAUGCGAUGACUACAGUUUGGAUGACAACGAGUACUUUUUUGACAGGCAUCCCGGCGCGUUUACGUCCAUUCUCAACUUCUAUCGCACAGGAAAGUUACACAUGAUGGAGGAGAUGUGUGCUCUGUCGUUCAGCCAAGAGCUCGACUUCUGGGGCAUUGAUGAGAUUUAUCUGGAGUCGUGCUGCCAGGCCCGGUACCACCAGAAGAAGGAGCAGAUGAACGAGGAACUGAAACGAGAAGCAGAGACCAUGAGAGAGCGGGAAGGCGACGAGUUUGAGGACACGUGCUGUGCUAAUAAACGGAGAAAACUUUGGGAUCUCCUGGAGAAACCGAGUUCGUCGUUCGCUGCUAAGAUCCUGGCCAUCAUCUCUAUCCUGUUCAUCGUCCUCUCCACCAUCGCCCUGUCCCUGAACACCCUCCCAGAGCUGCAGGACACGGACGAGUUCGGCCAGGUCACCGACAACCCCCAGCUGGCCCACGUGGAGGCCAUCUGCAUCGCUUGGUUCACCAUGGAGUACCUCCUCCGUUUCCUCUCCUCGCCCAGCAAGUGGAAGUUCUUCAAGGGUCCACUGAAUGUCAUCGACCUGCUGGCCAUCCUCCCUUACUAUGUCACCAUCUUCCUGACGGAGUCCAACAAGAGCGUGCUGCAGUUCCAGAACGUGCGACGGGUGGUGCAGAUCUUCAGGAUCAUGAGGAUCCUGAGGAUCCUGAAGUUGGCUCGUCACUCCACAGGGCUCCAGUCUCUGGGCUUCACCCUCCGGAGGAGCUACAACGAGCUGGGCCUGCUCAUCCUCUUCCUGGCCAUGGGCAUCAUGAUCUUCUCCAGCCUGGUCUUCUUCGCCGAGAAGGACGAGGAGGACACCAAGUUCAAGAGCAUCCCCGCCUCCUUCUGGUGGGCCACCAUCACCAUGACGACGGUCGGCUACGGGGACAUCUACCCGAAGACCCUGUUGGGGAAGAUCGUGGGGGGCCUCUGCUGCAUCGCCGGAGUGCUGGUGAUCGCCCUGCCCAUCCCCAUCAUCGUCAACAACUUCUCAGAGUUCUACAAGGAGCAGAAGAGGCAGGAGAAGGCCAUCAAGAGGCGGGAGGCCCUGGAGAGGGCCAAGAGGAACGGCAGCAUCGUGUCCAUGAACAUGAAGGACGCCUUCGCCCGCAGCAUCGAGCUCACGGACGUCUUGGUGGAGAAGAACGGAGAGAGGGAGAAGGUCCACGACAACCACCUUUCCCCCGGCCGCGACAAGGGCACGCCGAAGACGACCGGCUCGGACACCAGCUCCACCAGGUCUCCGGGACCCGGUUUUCCAGACAAAGCCAGGCCCGCCAGCCCGCAGCGCCUCGACGUCCAGAACCUGGAAGCGAUGUACGACAAGACCCAGUCCCAGCCCAACCUCAACAGCAAGGACAAGGGCCCGCUGGCCAGGGCAGCAAGACGGAGGGACGAGAUGGAGAUGGCGGGCAUUCUCUCCGAUCGACCCGCGAACGCCACGGAGGGCCUGGCGGACAUGAGGAGCGUGUCGAGCAUCGACAGCUUCCUCAGCUGCACCACGGACCUCCCCGAGACCUCCCGCUACUCCCACAGCCCCUCCAGCAGCGUGCCGGGCCGGGUGAGCGCCCACCCCGGCCUGGAGACCACCCUGGAGCACGAGCCGCUGGGAGGGACCCCCGGCUCCGCCAAGCACAGCCAGGGGAGAGGCUUCAGACAGGGGCCCGCCUCCAACAGCCCCAGAGGCCUCCGCUUCCCCAACCCCCUCAAGAACCGCUCCCUCAAGGUCAACUUCAAGGAGGAUGACGCUGGAGGAGGGGGCGGGGGAGGAGGGGGCGGGGGAGGAGGAGGAGGGGGAGGGGGAGGAGGAGGUCGUCUGUCCUCGUCAGGGCCGAGCCCCGCUGUCCUCUCCGACAGCUCUGCUUUCUCCGACCGCUCGCUCCAGAGCCCGGAAGUUUCCGUCUACACCACGGCCAGCAGCCAGAGUCCCUCCAGGACCUCCGAGACCCCAGGCCACGCCGUCUUCACCUUCCACGACGCCACCAUCAGCAAAUUCAUCGACGCCGACACAGACGAGGAGGAGCACCACCACGACGGCGUGGGCUCCAGCGCCUCCCAGAGGCUCCUGGGACGCAACAGCCCCAAGCAGGGCAGCCACUCCGGCCUCCUGCGAGGGGCCAAUCACCUGGAGGCUUCGCAGAGGAUGGUGGGGAACAGCCUGUUCCCACUGGAGGGUCGAGGAGGGGGCAGGAAAGAGAACCACGUGAUCCAGGAAGUGAGGCAGCCGCACGGGGAGCAGAACCGCUCCGGCGGGAGGAACGACAACAACUGAGGGGAGGGGGAACGGGGGGGGGGGUGAGGAGCAUGAUGGGAGAUGGAGUUUAACACAGACAAACAGAACUAUUUACUCCAGAGGAUGUUUUUUUCUUUUGUAGUUGAGGUUAUAAGGCACUGAAGAACUCUAUGAUGACACAACUAACUGACUGACGAAGAUGAACAGUUUCCUCUCCAGCCCCCCUGACGACCAGGGGGGAGUUAAAGACAGCAGUUUAUCCGACAUAACCGGGGAAGUUAACUCUCCAGCUGACAUCC